UGGUAGUUGAGCUCGAGUAGAGUUGUGGUGGUGUUCAGUUGCCAGGUGGUGGUCGACGUGUGAGGAAGUGCUGAUGCAGCCUGCUAGCUAGCCCUCGCCGAGUCGUGACUGUGCCCUAGAGAACAUGCCGUCUGGUGGUACUAUGGCAACGUGGUCGAUACUGUACUCUACCGCCUUCACUCCCUCAUCUGUAAAUUUAGUUUGUGCACAAGGCCUGGUGCCCAUGCUGACCCAGAUGGUGUCUAACCCGAGACAAAGGAUGGUAGUUGUAGCGACCAGAUCGUGAGGCCCCACGUCGAUCACCUCACCUCACCUCCCAACUCUAACACACGACCUACAGAAGUGUUUUAUUUUUAAUGGUCCGUCACAGGUCCUAAAUACAGGUACCCUUUGGUCUAUCACAUACCCUAAUUCAGGUCUCUCCUUAUAUCCAAGAGAUAGAGGUACUCCAAGGUCAACAGAAGCGCUGAAGGCAGAUCUGCCACCUAUUUACCAAGAUCCUCACUUUGCGACGCGUAGGUACAUGAAUCCGUCAUAGUCAACACACCUGGACUAGACCUUCCUUGGUCAUCAUAACUAAAGCACAUGAUCUAGUUCCCCACGCCACGAGCCCCCACACCCAGGGCCUCACAUCGUCCCCGACCACCUGCUGUCCCUGACACGGUCAAAAAGAGGUGGAGGAUGGCCCCGGGACCCUACGAUGAACUUUUGCCUGAGGGGGACCUGGACCACCGCCAGUGUCUCCUGGAGGACCAUAUCUCCCGCCUCCCACGUGUUACGCCCUCCAAGAGUACAGAACACAUAAGAGCAGAAGAUCAGUUGCUGCUUCAGGACCAGCCAGAUGAUUCCACCAUCACCGACGGCCACAGACUACUCACACACAGCGCCCCUCACCAUACCUCACACUCCAAGGACGACCCUCCUACACCUGUGAGAGAAGGGGGUAAAGGAAGCGAAGGAACAAAAGGAAGAGAUGAAAAAAAGAAUAAUGAACGUGAGGGAAGAGAAAAGGAAGGAAAGGAGAAAGAUGGCGAUGGAGAGGAGUAUUGUUCAAAGCCUCGAAGUCCCCCGCGCUCUUACAGAGACUUGGUGGCUUACUGGUUGCUCGGCUUCUGCAACAACUUCACCUACUGGGUCAUGAUUACUGCUGCCUACGACCUUCUCAGCGCCGAGUCUCAGUCUUACACAGAACGCGCCCAGCACCACCCUCACCACGCCUUCCUCAGGAACCUGAGUGACGUCACCACAUAUUCUCCCAGUGACAUCAUACCUGUACUGAAUGAAUCAGCGGACACCUUCAUCAGCACCUUCAAGUGCCUGAGACACUCUACUGGGGCCAUCCUGGUGGCUGACACGCUGCCAGGGACAGCCUUGACUAUUGCUGCACCCUUGACCCUGCUGGUCAGUGUGAAUGUGCGGGUGUGGCUUAUUGGUAGUCUCUGUGUUGCCUCUUACCUCACCCUGGGCCUCGCUGCCUCAAAAUUUGUUUUCUUGGGCGUGGCGCUGGCCUCGGCUUCACGGGGCUUCUCAGACACGACCUUCCUUGGCCAUGCAUCCCACUACCACAAGCACGUGUUGUCGCUCUGGUCAUCAGGAACUGGUGUGGCAACGUUCAUGGGACCUUUGUUGUACUCUAGUAUGACCACCGCUGGCUUGGACCCUCGGCACUCUCUCCUUGUCUUCCUUACUGUCCCUGCCCUCAUCGCCAUCAGUUUCUGGUGUGUGUUGAGUCAGCACAAAAAAGAACACGAGGGCAGCGACGUGGAGGUGCAAGAGGCUGCAGGGAUAAAGUAUGUUGAGGACAUGGAGAAUGAAAAACAAAAGAGGAUGGUUCUUGUUAAAGAGAAAUUCUUUUUGUUUUUGAGGGCACAGAAAUAUUUGUUACCACUGGCCGUCUUUUAUUUUGUUAUGUACAUCACCAACCAGGGGCUGCUGGAGCUUGUUUACUUCCCGGCCUCCCAUCUGACACAUGCACAGCAGUACUCUUGGAGCAACACCAUCCGUUGCUUGGGCACACUUAUCUCCCGCAGUGCACAUAAGCUACUUCUCUUGUCCAAUACUUGGAUUUGUAGCAUUCUAGCUAUGGUGAUCCUGGUGGUAGUGGGGAUGGAGGCUCACUACCAUUACCUCCCUUCUGAGUACAUUGUCUUCACCCUCCUCUUCCUACAAGGGCUUCUUGAAGGGGCUGCCUUCCGCUCUACAAUAUUCAACAUGCAUAAAAAGGCUAUUGAUAAGGAGCGAGAGUUCUGUCUGGGAAUUUUCCCGGUAUCUUUGUUUCUUCCGGCAAUGUUAGCCGGCUUCACGUCCAUUCCAAUUCAUGAUGUGCUCUGUCAGAACCACCUGUACCGGCAGUGAUAAUGACCAAAUGUUAGUUACAAUGUUCAGAUACGACUUGCUCAUUGCCAUUACUUGGUAACAAUACCCAACAUUAUCAUGCUGAGCAUCAACUGUGCUGCCACUAAAGGUGUUCCCGUGUGGCUCUUCAUUAGCAUUAUCCCUGUGCUUGUACUGGCAGUACUUUUAAGUUUGAUAUGUCUCAUGCAGUCUUAAAACAGAUUUUUUACUGUUACCUUUAGAUACAGUACAGCAAAAUUCAAAAGUCUGUGCCACAAAAUAUUAACACCCCAUUUUCAAGCAGGUCACUUGUCCACACAGCCAUGAACAUUAUUAUGUAAGAAUUAUAUUUACUGAUAAAUUCUUCCGUGUCUUUGAAGUUGUGAUCUCUGAGUUCUGUUACAUUGUUAAAUGUAUACAUAAGUUUAUGUAAAGUAUUCUAAGAUGUAUAUUUUUAGACUUACAGUAUGUAGUUCAAAUAUACAAAAAUAUAUCAAAGUUA